UUCUUUUUCUCCCAAUUAUUGGUUAGUGUUUUUUUUUGGAUUGGUUACGCUUCGCUUCACGAUCGAGACAACCUCUCUCUUGUUCCUCCCUUCUAUCCAAUCUCCAAAACCAAGCACUGAUUUAGCUCCUUCUGUUGUUUUCCACCUCCAAUUCCGUUUCCGAGGACCAAAAAUUGGAUCUUCGCCUCGCAGGAUCGGAAAUCCCCCUUUUUCUAGAUUAUUUCCGUGCUUUUUUUGUGCAUUACAUGUUCCUUUUUUGUCGUCUUGGGUGGCUGGGCCGAAGAGAUCGGGUCGCGGACGCAAUUUAUGGAGGAGGAGAAGGGAGGAGGAGCUGCGAGGUGCCGCGGCGUUUGAGGUGGUGGGCGGAUCUGGAGAUCCGGCUGCUAGUCGUCGUCUGAUCUGCCAGGACUGGAAUGCGCGAGUGAUUUGGCUUCCAGAUGGCAGUCGAGAGCAUGACAGAAGCUGGGAUCGAGAGCCACGUCGACGCCUCGAGCUGCUACCUCCAUAAAUUUAGGCUCUACGAGACUCGAUCGAAAUUCUAUAUGAUUGGAAGAGACAAAAAUAGAACAUUCUGGAGAGUGUUAAAGAUUGACAGAUCUGAACCUUCUGAGCUUAAUAUCCGUGAAGAUGCCACUACAUACUCAGAAGGUGAAUGCAAUGAGCUGUUGAAGCGAAUAGAUGAAGGAAACAGGUCAACUGGUGGACUAAAAUUUGUCACUAAUUGUUAUGGUAUCAUUGGAUUUGUGAAAUUCUUGGGGCCUUAUUAUAUGCUGCUUGUCACUAAGAGGCGUCAGAUUGGUGCUAUAUAUGGCCAUGCUAUCUAUGCUGUCACCAAAGCCGAGUUGAUUGCACUUCCUAACUCUACCAUUCUUACCAAUAAGGCUUAUUCUAAGCAUGAAAAUAGAUACAAGAAACUAUUAUGUUCACUAGAUUUGACAAAAGACUUCUUCUUUAGCUACUCAUACCAUGUCAUGCGAAGCCUCCAGAAGAAUAUUUCUGAUAGUCAAACAGGACAAGUGUUAUAUCGAUCCAUGUUUGUCUGGAAUGAGUUUUUGACACGUGGAAUCCACAAUCAUCUUCAGAAUACUCUAUGGACAGUUGCUUUAGUAUAUGGUUUCUUUAAGCAGGCAAAACUUUCAGUAUUUGGCAAGAUUUUUAGGCUGACACUAAUUGCCAGGCGCUCACGUCACUAUGCUGGAACUAGAUAUUUAAAGCGUGGAGUUAACGAGAAGGGUAGAGUGGCUAAUGAUGUCGAGACGGAACAGAUUGUAUUUGAAGACAUUCCGGGAGAAAUACCAACACAUAUUUGUUCGGUUGUUCAGAACAGGGGCUCAAUACCACUGUAUUGGUCCCAGGAAACCUCGAGACUCAAUCUUAAGCCUGAUAUUAUAUUGCAUAGAAAAGAUGAAGAUUAUGAAGCCACUCGACUUCACUUUGAUAAUCUUGUGUUAAGAUAUGGGAAACCUGUUAUCAUAUUAAACUUAAUUAAGUCACAAGAGAAGAAACCUCGAGAAUCUAUUCUUCGCGCAGAAUUUGCUAAUGCCAUCGAAUUCAUAAAUAAAGAUCUUCCAUGUGAAAGUCAUUUGAAGUUUCUCCACUGGGAUCUUCAUAGACAUUCUCGGAGUAAGGCUAAAGGUGUGCUUACUUUACUGGGAAAAGUUGCUGCCUAUGCUUUGAAUAUAACAGGCUUCUUUCAUGGCAAAGUGUCACCAACUUUAGGGUGUGACAGUGAUAUAAAAGAACCCAUUAUUCUGAAGGAUUUUGGUGGUCUCUGGUCUUCUGGUAGUCUCAUUAACAUGGGCAAUGGCAAUAACCACAACACAGAUGGUAAUAUCAUCAUUGGAGAUGGUUUGCGAGAAGAUAACUUGAUAGAAGUUGCUUCUCAAGAAGAUAAAAUGUUGAAGGAAGCUUCUCAGGAUUAUAGCAUGGAAGACUGUGUUACAUCUGAACAACAAACUGCACAAAACAAAACCAGUGACUCUGGAAUUUUCUUGGCUAAAUUAAUUAGAUUGCAGCAAGGCGUUUUGCGAACAAAUUGCAUUGAUUGUUUGGAUCGGACAAAUGUUGCUCAAUAUGCAUAUGGUUUAGCUGCUCUUGGGCAUCAACUUCAUGCUUUACACCUGAUACAUAUACCAAGGAUUGAUCUAGAUUCUCCUUUGGCUGAUGAUUUGAUGAGUUUGUAUGAAAGGAUGGGUGAUACUCUUGCUCUACAAUAUGGUGGGUCUCCUGCUCAUAAUAAGAUAUUCUCUGAGAGGAGAGGCCUCUGGAAAGCUGCUGUACAAUCUCAAGAGUUGUUUAGAACCCUUCAAAGAUACUACAGCAAUGCCUACAUGGAUGCAGAAAAGCAGGCUGCAAUAAAUUUAUUUCUGGGUCAUUUCCGACCUCAACAAGGUAAGCCUGCAUUAUGGGAAUUGGACUCAGACCAACAUUGCAAUUUGGCACAAAGUGUUCAUGCUUUUCCUGAUGAAGAUUCUAGGCAAUUAUUCAAAAGGUCCUUCUCCGAUGGUAACAUACUUUGUGAAAGCGAUAUGCUUUUAUCUUGUUAUGGUAUUGACCAGAGAAAAUCCUUAUCUGGGCAAAAUGAUCAAGAGCAUGGAAAGAACCUUUGCUGUUCAACACCAGAAAUCUCAACUUGUGGAAGUGAUGUAUCAUAUUCAAGGUACACACCCACCAUGUCCGGGAGGCAACUUUUUGCAGAUUGUGAACAGAAUUUUGUCUAUGAACAUGGGGAAUCAAAUUUUCUGGACCUCGACUGGCUGUCAUCAUCUGGUAAUUCAUGUGAUGAUGAAAUUUCUGAGAGGUUUAGCUCAAUUGAGAAUCUUUUAACUGAGAAUAUCGAUGGCAUAAAUGCUGAGGCAACUCCGAAUCAAAAUGGAUCUAGCAUUAAGGGAACCCAAACACCAGGAAUGGGAAUGGUUCGUGUUGCUUUCCCAAAUGCUAACAGUCCCCCUGAAUUCUCCGAUAGCUUUGUGCGAUGGGUUAUCUAUGGCGAAACAUUAUGCCACUGACUCUAAAUGUUCUUAUCACGGUUUGUGCUCAUCCUCCUAGUUGCGGACGGCUGAGAGUUUUCAAUGAUCAAAGAAUACAAUCGAAAAGGAGGGAAAGUACUGCCAAUAUGCAUUCAACAAAACCAUCAAGGUAUCCAUUUCACCCCCAUUUCUUGGAGAAGUUUGCGAAAAAUUCAUUAAUUGGCGGUGUUACUACUUUCUCCUAUCGAUAGAGCAAUAGGAGUAUGAGAGUGUAUAGUAUAUAUUCUUUUGGGAUCCUUUGAAUCGGAAACCCACCCUACCAUUCGAAUUAUACUGUAAAUACAUUGAUGAUGGCAACUGCUUCAAUAAUUUAUCCAUUCUUUUCUAGACA